UAGCUCCAUUGGCAUGCUGUGGGCGGACCCCCGUCCGACCAUGACACGACACUGAACACGAGAUACGCGACAACAGUGGCACAGGGCCUACGCUCCGAUCGUCGCAAGCGAAUCAUCCAUUCCAGUCGCGACUACAGCAUCAACACUUAGGCGGAGCCACCGCGACGAGACCUCAAGGCUCCAGCCAUCAUGAACGACCCGCCGCCUAUCGAGAACCCAACACUACGCCUGGCUGAGCUGUUGCGCAAUCCCGACGAUUUGGACAAGCUACCCUCAUUACGACAAGAGUUCACGCGCAAGAAGUCGACCAUCGACGCCCAGCUCAAGCAUGGCCUCUCCGAGCAGCUCCAGAUCACCCAGCAGGGCAUGUCGUCGAUUCAGACAGGCCAGCACACCGUGCAGCUUAUAAAAGAGGAGAUGAUGAAGAUUGACAAGCUUUGCGCCGAAGCUCAGGGCAUGAUUGAAGACUUUCCCGAGAUCAACAAGAUGAGCAUCAUGCAGCGCAACUUCGCCGCAGUGGAGGACAUGAAGGAGAAGAUCAAGUCGUUUGGCAGAGAGUUGCAGGUGCUGGAAGAGCUGUUGCGAGAGGAUGAUGACGAUCUGGAAACACAGCCGAAUCUGCUAGCCAUUCACGCCGGUCUGUCCGAGCUGAGGGACGUGAGGGAUCGUGCCAUGGAUCAAGUCAAGGGACAUGCCGAGGGAGAGUCGGGACUGGAACUGAUCGAGAAUUUGCCUCUGGAGAGCGGCGUCACCUUGAGAGACCACUUCACGAAGCUGGACGAUGUGGUAGAGUGGUUCGAUGAGCAUGUGGGACAGGCUUGCAUCAAUCUCAUUGGACUUGUGCAGGCAGGCAAUAAUGGACUGGUUGUGAGACUGGGACUUGUUAUCGAGGAAGAGGAGAAGAAAGAUCGACAGACAAAGGCUUUACAAGACGCGCAAAGAGAGUUCCAAGAUGUGGCGCAAAGAUUCAAGAGCAUCAAUGUGGGACAGAGAGAGCUUCGAGGCUACAAGAAGAAGUUCUUACAGGCCAUCGAAUACAGUGCAGCCGCACAAUUCGACCAAGUCAAGCAGGCCUUUGAUGAGGAUCCAGAAAAGCUCGAAAAGGCGUGCAGAUGGUACUUUAACGACCUGAACACAGUCAAGCUGGGAAUGCAGGACCUUAUGCCGAAGAAGUGGAAGAUCUUCAAAACGUAUUGCAACAUCUACCAUAACCUUAUGCACGAUUUUCUCGUGGCACGUUUAGACGACAGCAACAUCACACCUGUGCACAUGCUCGCGAUUCUCAAUUGGGUGGAGAAGUACUAUAGCAAGAUGGCCCGUCUGGGGAUCAAGCAAGAGGAGCUCAAGCCUCACGUCAUCGACGAACGUGAGACGGAGCUGGUGCGAGACUACCGUAAUCUCAUCACGAAGGCCGUCGAGCAAUGGAUGGAUCGCAUGGCAACAUCCGAUCGACGCACGUUCGUCUCUAGGGAAGAGGGCAGCUUGGAUCAGGACGCCAAUGAACACCUCCAUACGAAGACGUUGGGAGACAUGUGGACUAUGCUGCGCGAGCAGCUAUCGGUCGCAGAGUCAUCCGGUCGCCCAGAUGUUGUGGAGGGCGUGGUGGAUGCCAUGAUGCGGGCUCUGCGGGAGAGACAGCAAAUGUGGCAAAGGCUUAUCGACGACGAAUUCCGCAAGAUCGAGAAUGCGCCAGACCCCACAGCUCUUGAGGGAGUUGGUACAUUCCAAGAAUGGCUCGUGGCCAUCGCCAACGAUCAAAUCGCCAACAUCGACGAGGACUCUGGCAGUGUCUCGUUCUUGACACGAUUCAAGCAGGACUAUGAGCCUCUGGUCAGUCCGGCAUAUGCUGUGACAAGCACCGCUGACCACGAGUCUUUGAUCAAUGGAUACGUCGAUUUGGCUACGCAUUGCAUGUCGAUAUUCGCAGCAGUCAUCUUCGCGACAGAUAUCAGACCAGUGCUGACCGAGUUUUUCACACCUGUAUGGUAUGGAAAGAAGACCAUGGCAUCCAUCACCACAACCUUCGAAGAUUACCUCAAAGAUUUUACUGGAAUUCUGCAUCCUUCACUUCAGGACAUCUUCGUCGAGGAGCUCUCGGAUGCUCUCCUUGUGCGCUAUCUGUCCAGUGUGCGAAACAAGGGUGUCAAGUUCAGACGAUCCGAUCCGUUCACCGAGAAGAUCAAGGAGGAUGUUGUUACUGUCUUUAACUUCUUCAAUCAACAUCCUGACAUCUUCGAAGUGAUCAAGGACAAAUGGAGAGUCAUAUCUUCAUUUGGAGAUUUGUUGAGUGCGGAGAAGGGGCCUGGUGUCGUGAGAGCGUUCGAAAACAUGAAGAACUCAUAUUGGGAUGUGCAGAUUGGCUGGGUUGAGGCUGUCUUGAGGAGUAGAGAUGAUUAUGGCAGAGAUAUGCUGAGCGGGGUGAAGAGCGCGGCCGCUGCGUGGAACGGCGAGAGAGGAGUGGAAACGGUUAUGAGCAAGGUCAAAUGAAGGAAGAGGCGGAUGGGAGUGGUAUUGGUCUUUGAUUGUUCCCAGCGAGGAGUUUGGGCGUAUGUUGUUGUACAGGCAGGACGUGAUA